ACAUAAUGCCCCGUACAUACCAAGAUGAAUUACAAUUUAUUGAAAGAAUCUCGCCAGUUGAAUUUCGGAUUAAAAAGGGUUUUGUGCCCAAUAUGAAUGUAGAAGGCCGUUUCUUUGUUAAUUCUGCAUUGGAAAAGUUAAUGUUUGAAGAACUGGAGCUGAGUUCCAGAACUUCAGCUGCUGGCUUUCUACCUGCUGUUAAACAAAUUGGAAAUGUUGCCUCUCUUCCAGCAAUUGUGAAAAGUUCUAUUGGCCUCCCGGAUGUUCACUCAGGAUAUGGCUUUGCUAUUGGAAAUAUUGCGGCAUUUGAUGUUUCGAAUCCAAAUGCUGUUGUCUCUCCGGGAGGUGUUGGUUUUGACAUAAAUUGUGGCGUUCGUCUUAUCAGGACAAAUUUAUUUGAGAAAGAUGUUCAACCUUAUAAGGAGCAAUUAACACAGACAAUGUUUGACUAUAUUCCCGUUGGGAUUGGUUCGAAAGGAAUUAUUCCAAUAAAUGUUCGCGAUUUCGAAGAAUGCCUGGAAAUGGGUAUGGAUUGGACAUUACGUGAAGGCUAUUCCUGGGCUGAAGAUAAAGAACAUUGUGAAGAAUAUGGUCGAAUGUUACAAGCAGAUGCCUCUAAAGUUUCCACUAGAGCUAAAAAGCGUGGUUUGCCUCAGUUAGGUACUUUGGGUGCUGGAAACCAUUAUGGAGAGGUUCAAGUCGUAGAUGAAAUUUAUGACAAAUAUGCAGCACAAAAAAUGGGAAUUGAAUCAAAAGGGCAGAUUUGCAUAAUGUUACAUACGGGAAGUAGAGGACUUGGCCAUCAGGUGGCUACUGAUGCUCUUGUGGCUAUGGAAAAGGCUAUGGCUAGAGACAAUAUUGAUGUCAAUGAUCGACAACUUGCCUGUGCAAGGAUUAAUAGUCAAGAAGGACAGGAUUAUUUGAAGGGAAUGGCUGCUUCAGCUAAUUUUGCUUUUGUUAAUCGCUCUUGUAUGACAUUCUGCAUUAGGUUAAAAAAAUUUUUUCUUUUGAAUAACUGUUUCCUUUCUAAUUAUAAAAAUAUUUUCGGUUAAAUUCCCCUUUUAGAAUAAAAUUUUUUUUAAUUGUAACUUAUCAUCCGGCUCUGUGUCUGGUUGACGUUGGGCCUCAGAAUUAGUUGACCACCUUUAUGGGAGCCACAACAUCUUUUUAAAAAAAAAGCAGACUGCCAACCAAAAAGCAGACACUGCCAACCAUUUUUUUUUGUUGGGAGUACACCAAAACUAAACAAACAUGGACGAU